AUGCGUUUCUCGACUGCCAUCAUCUCCACCCUCCUCGGCGUUGCCGCCACCGUCUCCGCAGAGACUUUUACCGUUCUGGUCGGAAAGGACAACGGAUUGACUUAUGACCCUCCUACCGUCAAUGCCAAAGUUGGCGAUGUCAUCUCCUUCCAAUUCCUCUCCAAGAACCACACCGUUACCCAGUCAACAUUCGCUUCCCCGUGUGUCCCCAAGGAUCAGGGUGUUGACUCUGGUUUCCAAUUCGUUCCCGAAGGUGCUGCACAGAUCCCCGCCUGGUCGAUCACUAUCAACGAUGACAGCACCCCUCUCUGGUUCUUCUGCAACCGAGCUCCUCACUGUGAACGAGGAAUGGUCUUCUCCGUGAACCCUACCGCCGACAAGUCCCACGAAGCAUUCCUGGAGAACGCCAGGGCUGGUGGAGGAGCUCCUCCCGCUGACGGCGGCGCUGGUGCUCCCCCGGCCGCUCCCCCCGCCGCUGGCGAUGCCUCCGCAUCUGCCACUGGUGCCGCGCCCGCCAUCACCCUCACCCCCGCCGCCUCAGGUAACGCCGGAGCUGCUCCAGGUGCCGCCAACGCUGCCCCCAACCCCAACUCUGACCCCAGCGGAACCGCUGCCAGCCAGCAACAGGCUGAUGACGCUAGCUCUGCCGCCGGUGCUGCCGUGAAGGGCGCUGGAUGGAUGGCUAUGGGUGUCGCUGGUGUUGUUGCUUUGUUGUUGUAA